GUCGCAGUGAUUCUGGCCGCUGUCAGCCGUGCCGCCGCUGGAGCAGGUGCAGCAUGCGGGUGAGGAAGUUCCUGCGCAAGGGCCUGCACCGGCUGCAGAAGGGCCCGGGCUACACGUACAAGGAGCUGCUGGUAUGGUACUGCAGCAACACCAACACACACGGCCCCAAGCGCAUCAUCUGCGAGGGGCCCAAGAAGAAGGCCAUGUGGUUCCUCAUCACCCUGCUCUUCGCCUGCCUGGUGUGCUGGCAGUGGGGCGUCUUCAUCAACACCUACCUCAGCUGGGACGUCAGCGUCUCGCUCUCCAUGGGCUUCAAGACCAUGGACUUCCCAGCCGUCACCGUGUGCAACGCCAGCCCCUUCCGGUACUCCAAGGUCAAGGCACUCCUGGGGGACCUGGACAAGCUGAUGGAGGCCGUCCUGCAGCGCAUCCUGGCGCCCGACCCCAGCCGCCUCAACAUCUCCCAGACCCUGAACUUCACCAUCUGGAACCACACGCCCCUCGUCUUCAUUGAUGAGCGGGAUCCCCAACACCCCGUGACCCUUGACCUCCUGGGGAGCAGCCCCAACAGCUCCGCCAGCUCCUGCAACGCCCAGGAGUGCAAGGUGGCCAUGAGAUUCUGCAGUCUCAACAGGACGGUGUGCACGCUCCGAAACUUCACCAGCGCCACGCGGGCGGUGACCGAAUGGUACGCGCUGCAGGCCACCAACAUCUUCGCCCGGGUGCCGCGGCCCGAGCUGGUGGCCAUGGGCUACCCGGCCGAGAGCCUGGUGCUGGCCUGCCUGUUUGGGACCCAGCCCUGCAGCCACCGGAACUUCACAUCCAUCUUCUACCCAUAUUAUGGCAACUGCUACAUCUUUAACUGGGGCAUGACGGAGCAGGCCCUUCCUUCUGCCAACCCUGGAACUGAGUUUGGUUUGAAGUUGAUCCUGGACAUCGGCCAGGAGGACUAUGUCCCCUUUCUGGCAUCCACGGCUGGGGCCCGGCUGAUGCUGCACGAGCAGCGGGCGUUCCCCUUCAUCCGGGAAGAGGGCAUCUACGCCAUGUCGGGGACCGAGACGUCCAUCGGGGUGCUGGUGGACAAGCUGCAGCGCAAGGGCGAGCCCUACAGCCCGUGCACCAUGAACGGCUCCGACGUGGCCAUCCAGAACCUCUACCGCAGCUUCAACACCACCUACUCCAUCCAGGCCUGCCUCCACUCCUGCUUCCAAGACCACAUGGUCCACAACUGUAGCUGUGGCCACUACUUGUACCCGCUGCCGCCCGGGGAGCGGUACUGCAACGACCAGGACUUCCCGGACUGGGCCUACUGCUACCUGGGUCUGCAGAUGAGCGUGGCUCAGAGAGAGACAUGCAUUAGCAUGUGCCAGGAGUCCUGCAAUGACACCCAGUACAAGAUGACCAUCUCCAUGGCUGACUGGCCUUCCGAGGCCUCCGAGGACUGGAUUUUUCAUGUCCUGUCUCAGGAGCGGGACCAGAGCCCCAAUAUCACCAUGAGCAGGAAGGGUGUUGUCAAACUUAACAUCUACUUCCAAGAGUUCAACUACCGAACCAUUGAGGAAACCCCAGCAAACAACAUCGUCUGGCUGCUCUCGAACCUGGGCGGCCAGUUUGGCUUCUGGAUGGGGGGCUCAGUGCUGUGCCUCAUUGAGUUUGGGGAGAUCAUCAUCGACUUCCUGUGGAUCACGGUCAUCAAGCUAGUGGCCUUCUUCAAGGGCCUGCGGCAGAGGCAGGCACAGGCGCCAUACUCCGGCCCACCGCCCACCGUGGCCGACCUGGUGGAGGCCCACACCAACUUCGGCUUCCAGCCCGAUGCAGUCGGCCCUGACCCCCACACUGCCACCUACCCCGAGGAGAGGACUCUGCCCAUCCCGGGGACCCCACCCCCCAACUACGACUCCCUGCGUCUGCAGCCUCUGGACACCAUCGAGUCUGACAGUGAGGGCGAUGCCAUCUAGACCGCCUUUCCAUCUGAGUCCGUGACCCUUGCCCAGUCCUUCUCUGGCCAAGCCCAGAGCCAUGUUCUUCCGAGAAGCCAGCAGCAGCCAGCCAUCGCCAGGCCGGGGCGCUAUGGGCCCUGAUGCCAGCACCUCCACCAGUGGGCUGUCCGAAAACCAAAAAAAAAAACCCCAAACUACCAAGAUGCUGCCAGGUGCCAGCAGCUCACGCCAGCCACUCAGGAGGCCAUGCUC